CUCUGACUUCAGCCUAUUUUUGUUGGCGGAGAUAGGGAGACGCCCCCUAGACUUGGUACUGCAUAUUAAGCACACGGGGAAGACGCCCCCUAACCGAGAACUCCGAUUGGCUAUAGGUAGGCCCUCAAGGUCCCGCCCCUUUGCUAAGGAAAGUAAAUAAAGUCCUUGAAGAAUUUUGCCUGAGUUUCACCUUAACUACCACUCGCGGGUAGGGCUGCUGUCUAGGGUGGGACUAGGCAAAUAUUACCCUAUGAGAUAGGGAAACGAGACCGGGCUGUGAGUUAAGGAUAGGUUACCCCUGUAAGGGGCGUGGCUUGCGGAUCCUCGCUUUCCCGCCGACGGUUGGCCACGUCACGUGACAUGGGCUGGAAGAUGGCGUCUCCCACAGACGGGACAGAUUUGGAAGCAUCGUUGCUAAGUUUUGAGAAACUUGACCGUGCCUCGCCAGAUCUUUGGCCCGAACAGUUACCAGGUGUUGCUGAAUUUGCAGCUUCUUUCAAAAGUCCCAUCACAAGCUCUCCACCAACAUGGAUGGCUGAAAUAGAACGGGAUGACAUUGAUAUGUUGAAAGAACUGGGGAGUCUCACCACAGCUAAUCUGAUGGAGAAGGUACGAGGCCUACAGAACCUGGCCUACCAGCUGGGGCUGGAUGAGUGCAAAGACAAGCCAUCUGAAGGGAGUAUUAAUAUUCAAGAAUGUCUCUGUGUCCCAAGAUUGAGAUCAUUGCUGCCUGCAGUGGGAAAGAUGUGGAUAAAAGUUAUUGAUAAGGAGAUUACAGUGUUAUUGAACCGAAAUUAAAAGAAAAAAAUAAAGUAGAUCUGUUUUGAUGUUCAUUUAAAAAUUUUUUCUGUGUAUAGGUAUUUUGCCUACAUGUAUACAGGUGCAUCACUUGGAUACCUGGUGCCUACAAGGUUACAAAGGCAUCUCUUCAGCCUUUGUAGUUUAUUUUAAUACAAAGAAAAUGUUAUUUGUGUGCUGGAGAGAUGGCUCACUGGUUAAGAACACUGACUUCUCUUCCAGAGGUCCUGAGUUCAAUUCCCAGCAACUACAUGGUGGCUCACAACCAUCUGUAAUGGGGUCUGAUGCCCUCUUCUGGUGGGUCUGAAGACAGAUACAGUGUACUCAUAUAAAUAAAUAAAUAAAUCUUUAAAAAAUGUUAUUUGUAUAGUCUCCUUUUGAUGUUAAUUUUUCCUUAAAUGGUGGUGCUGGAGGAAAGCAUUAGAUUUAAGAACUCUGGUAUUUUCAUUGUAAGGACUUUAUCUCAGAUUAAAGUCAGCCAAGAUAGGUGUCAAGAGUUAUCCAUCAGCUAGAGGGUUGAAGAAAUGGCUCAGCAGUUAGGGGCGCUUGCUGCUCUUGCAGCUCUUGCAGGGGACCCAAGGUCAGUUCCCAGCACCACAUGGUGGCUCACAACCAUCUGUAAGUACAGAUCAUGGGUUCUGAUGGCCUCUUCUGGGCCAGCAAGACGACUGAGCAGGUAGUUAGCUACCGCCACUCCUGAAAACCUGUAUCCUCUGAACCCACAUAGUAGAAAGAGAAGAGUCCUUUAAGAAGUUGUUCUCUAAUCUCUGUCUCUGAUCAUUCCUUUUCUCUCCCUCCCCUCCCCCCCCGUACGUGUACACACACACACACACACACACACACACACACACACACACACACACACACGGAAUGUUAUCUUUGGGCUGAUAAUUUUUUUAAGACAUUUUUUGAGGGCCUGGAGAGAUGGCUCAAGGGUUAGGAACACUUUCUGCUCUUGCUCAAGUUGCAGGUUUGAUUCCCGUUGUUCACAUGGCAGCUCAUGACCAUCUGUAACUACAGUUCUAGAGGCUUAAGACCCCCUCCGGCCUCUGUGAGUACCAGGCACAUAUGUAGUACACAUAGACACAUGCAGGUAAAACAUGUAUACACAUAAAAAUAGGAUACAUUUAAAGCAAUUAUUUGUUUUAAUUUUGUGUAUGAGUGUGUGCCUAUAUGUAUAUAUGUGCACCUGGUGUCCCUCAUGACACUUGAGUCUUGACUUUCCUGUAUAUAGUAUUUAGAAAUGAGACCCAUAGAUAGUAUUUUAAAAUGAAGACAUUGAGCCUUAAAGGAAAAAUAAGUUUUACCAUGGGGUUUAUCAACAGAAUCCUAACGCAUGCAUUGACUAAUUUGAGAGUAUAGGAAGUUCUGACUUUCGCCUAUAUUUUGUCUUAGAACUUAGGCAAAUAAUUUCUCGAAGAUUCAACUGAAGAGGAGGAGUAAAGAGGGAUGUGCAGUGUAGAGUGUUAAGCUGUCUAUAGUUAGAGACACCUUCUAGUUGUAUGUUAAUAUUACAGUUAACUUUGCUUUUCCUUUCUUCCUGUACGUUAUGCACAUGCCUGUUUAAAAGAGGUUUUCUGCAUACUGUAAUUCAUAUGGUAAUAAUGUCUUUUAGGGGAAUAUAUUCACACACAUGAUAACUAAUUAUGUUAACAACUUAAUGUACUUUUGCUAUUCAUACUAAAAUAUGUAUAUAUGAGUUAAUUAAUUUAUAAAAUGUAUUAUUCUUAAUAUUCUGGAAAUUAUUUUAGUGGAAAGUGAUUUCUUUUUCAAAAGUAUACCUGUUUUGUAAAUAGACAAAAUGAUACACGUUUUGGCUGCUCUUUUAUCUAAUCUGUAAAUUGUUACUAUUUUUAACAGACAUUUUACUAUAGUUUUAUAUGUAAAGGGGAGUUCUUGUAUCAUUUUCGCCUCUUACUAUUGGUGUGGCACAAUAGUUGGUGACUAAAGCCUUGGCGUGUAGGCAUGAUGGCCUUCGUUCAGUCUCUGGGACACACAUCACAAUGGAAGGUGACUACCAUCUCCACUCUAGGUGUCCUCCGGGGCAUGUAUGUAUCUACCCAUAUGCAGUAGUAAAUAAGCCAUUCUUAAUUUAAAAACUAAUGUAUCAGCCAGGUAUUAGUGGUACACACUCCUUUAAUCCCAGCUCUCAGGAGGCAGAAGCAGAUAGAUCUCAGAGUUCAAAGCCAGCCUUAUCUACAGAAUGAGUUCCAGGACUGCCAGGGCUACACAGAGAAACCCUAUUGGGCUGGGUUUCAAACCCUAUUGGCUGUAGGGAAUCAAUAAAGUACAUAAAGUUAGGUUUUUGGUUUUCUUUGUUUCUUUUUUAAAAAGGGUUCAUUUAUUUUAUGUAUGUGAGUACACUGUAGCUGUCUUCAGACACACCAGAAGAGAGCAUCAGAUCCCACUGCAGAUGGUUGUGAGCCACCAUGUGGUUGCUGGGAAUUGAACUGAGGACUUCUGGAAGAGCAGUCGGUGCUCUUAUCAGCUGAGCCGUCUCUGUAGCUCCUUAGUUUAUUCUUAACGUCACUUGUACAAGAUACUGUAGACUCCCUGGAGCCUCCCAUCCCAGGUCUCUGGCAUGUACUCUAGAUUACUGCCCCUCCCCCACCCUCACAGAUUUCCAUUCACUCUCCUGGCCUUCCCCACACCUGAUCCCCCCCAUCCCCCAUCCCUUUCUCUUAUGCAGUUCCCUCCCUUCAUCCACCUCUGAUAACUAUUUUGUUUCCCAUUCUGAGUGAGAUUCAAGUUCUUCCCUUGGGCCCUUCUUGUUACUUAGCUUCUUUGGGUCUGUUGAUUACAGCAUGGGUACCCUCUACUUUAUGGCUAAAAUCCACUUAUAAGUGAGCACAUACCAUGCAUGUUCUUUUGGGUCUGGUUUACCUCACUUAGGAUGAUAUUUUCCAGUUCCAAACUUGAUGGGUUAUUUUUAGAGGUGCAGGUGAGGGAUACUGUGGGACACCCCUCAGCUAGAUUUGUCUUUCACUGUCCACAUUUGUCAUGUGGAGGAAGGCAAAUGAGAAUUUGAAAAUAUUGAUGGUAGAUAUGUAAAAAUAAGUGUCAACUGUGUUCUUUGUUGACAUUGAAAUAUUGACAGUGAUCCAUUGUUUUAAUAUUUGUAUCAUUUUUGGUAAGAAAUCACUUUUAAUUCUGCUGGAAGCAGGAGUUUUGGUAAUAGAAUCUACUCAUUUCCUAGAGCAUUUUCUUCUCUAAUUCACCUAUUGGAGGACAUUUUGGACACAUUUUAAUGUUGCUCCUAAGAGCCUUAUUUAAUCUGUAUUGGCCUUUUAAAUCAGUAAUGGGUAAUUUUGGGGAAAUUGUUAAUUGAUUGGAAUUGUGAAAAUGAUAUGCAAAGCUAUUUUGUCAGUGUAGCCUAGAGCAGCGGAAGAUUAAAAUGGGAUCUGGUUUAGUUGCUGUUCCAAAAUGAAUGCUUGGAAAGUAUUGUGUUGGUGGCUUUGGUUUGUAUUCCAGCCUGGUUUAAACUCUGCUAAGAAUUAUUGUCUUUUAAAUCACUGAGGUCCUCAAUUCUACUCUAUUAAGGGCCACUUUUCUGCCAAUCAAAAAGCAGCAUCUCAGAGAUUGAUUUUUUUUUUCUUAUUACACUGGAUAGUCGUGGCUGCCUAGUGACAGCAUUUCCAACUCUUUUAUGUAAACAGAAAGCAAUCAGAUAAGCACUAAUCCAAGGAUUAUGGGGACCCAAAUCCGGGGCCAGAAGAAUCUCUGCAGUGUAUGUCCCUGGCUCUUUGCCGUCUAGUGUCAAUGUCUCUCUGUCCUGGGAAGCCUGCUCACUGCUGUACUGCCUGUUAGAUGUCUGUGUGCUAGACCAAAACACCUCCACAAGUCCUGAAUGGAAUUCAAAAAGACACUUACAUUUCCAUAAAUAAAUUAGGAAUUCAGCGGUUUCUUCGGGCUAAUCAGGGCAGGCUGAUAAACCUUGCUAGCUGUUUAAUAAAUGAAUUGUGACUGAUUACCUAUUAAUAUGGACGCCUCAGGAAUUCACCCUGGGGGAAGCAGAGCAGUGAAAUAGAGAGGGGCAUGGCCCCUUGGGAAAUCAGGGCUUCAUGUUUGCAGCUUAAAUAUCUCUGUGAAGUAUCAAUAAGGAGGUAAUUGAAUUUUGAACACAAACAUGAGUGCUAGAUGGAUGAAAGGGGGAGGGGCAGACCGGCUCUUCCCUGCCCCUGUGCUCUCCCCUCCCUUUUCCUUAGAGACCACUCUAGUAAAGAGAGAUGCUAAAUCCAUUAAAUAAAGAUUAGACUCUGUCGUUGUAGAAAAUGGCAGCUUAGCUGGAUCCCUGGGCAAAUUGGGGCCUUUUGCAAUACAGAAAAUUAAAAUAUACAUUUUUAACAAGUAUGCUAUCUUGCUAGUAAUAAUGCUAGGCCAACUUGUGCUCUUCCUUUGGAUUGGCUUUUGUUUGGCCGCAUCACUUUCUCUUGUAUUAAUGCCAAUCUUUUCUGUAUUCUGGGAGCAGAAGGGGCUGGGUUUAUUUAUUUAUUUUUAAAGCUGUUGAGGCCUUUCUCUAGCAUCCUGCUUGUUCCUAAUCAGAGGAGUGGGAAGGAGAUUACUGUCCCAUGAAUUGACGGUAGAUAAAUGUUCCCUCCCCUAACUGGUGGGCCCAGAAGAGCCCAAUCACUUGUAUUUCAGGGAUGAUUGGAGACUGUACAGCUGAGCAAGAAAGGGCUAAAGACUGACAUAAACAUUGAUGUUUGGGGUGCAAUUUUACUUGGCUUUAUUUCCUCUAGAUAAAGUUAUUGAUUUGCUUUGUCCUCCUAGUUUAAGCCAGAUAAAGUCAUAUUAACAGGGAAAGAAUUGGCAUCAUUUGGUUACAAAUCAUACUCAUUCCUUUGUUAGCAAUAACAAAAACCAAGCUAUACAUUUCUCUGUGUGUAAGUGGGCUUUAGAUUUGUUUGUUUGUUUGUUUGUUUGUUUGUUAUUUAAUAUGAGGGCUGUGUGCCUGAGUAUACGUAUGCACCAUGUGCUUGUAGAAGCCUGUAGACAUCAGAAGAGGGUGUCAGGUCCCUUGGAGCUGGAGAUUCAGACAGUUAAAGCUACCAUGUAGAUGCUGGGAACCGAACCUGGGUCUGCUACAGGAGCAGUGAUUUCUUUGAACCCCAGUGCCAUCUCUCCAACCCUUGUUUUGUUUUGUUUUUUGUUUUCGGAGCUGGGGACCGAACCCAGGGCCUUGUGCUUGCUAGGCAAGCGCUCUACCACUGAGCUAAAUCCCCAACCCUCAUCUCUCCAACCCUUAAAUAUUUUUCCUUUAAAAAAAGUUAUUAUGGGGUUGGGGAUUUAACUCAGUGGUAGAGCGCUUGCCUAGCAAGCACAAGGCCCUAGGUUCGGUCCCCAGCUCCGAAAAAAAGAGAAAAAAAGAAAAAAAAAAAGAAGAAAAAGAAAAAAAGAGAAAGAAAAAAGAAGAAAAAAAGUUAUAUAUUUUAUUUAGUGUGUGUGUGUGUGUGUGUGUGUGUGUGUGUGUGUGUGUGUGUGUGUUGUUAGAAGUCAGAAAAACCAUUUGGGAGUUGAUCCCUCCUACUUUGUGAGUCCUCCGUGGCAAGCACCUUUCCUCUCUCUCCAUCUCUCCGGCCUUAAGUACUUCUUGUGUGAGAACUCAGUAUUAACGUUUGAACUAAGGUUUUAGCUAGCCAGCGUUAUUAUCAGAUAUUAAUUAUCACAAGCAAUGAUGGAAAAUGUCUGAUCUCAGUCCCUGGUGUUUCUUGAAAACAAGGCAUUUCAUACUAUUGCCUAUAAACUUUCUUUUUCUCUUUGGAUUCUACAAGAUGAAAGUUCCCUCAGCCAUUGUGAAAACAAAAUUUCUACUUCCAAAGAAUUUCAAAUAAAUGUUGUCAUGUAUUGUAGCGUUCACACUUGAGGGUUUGGAGCCACAGAAGAGGAAAUAUACAGCAUGUUAGUUCUGUUAAUCAAGGACGUCAUUGGCAGAUGCUGUUUUGCUGUUUCUUUGGGGGACGGGAGGAGGGGUUUGGGGGAGGGAGGUGUUGUUUGGGUGUUUGUUUGUAAGAGAGUCUCACUAUGUGUUCCUGGCUAGCCUGGAACUCACUCUGUAGACAAAACUAGACUCAAGUCACCAAAGUCCCCUUGCCUCUGCCUCCACCUCCAGCUCCAGAACGCUGGGGUUAAAGGUGUACUCCACCGUGCUCUGCCAGGACUUUGCUAAUUAUCUUUUUCUUGAACUUUCUGGGGAUUUUAACAUAGCUCUAAUUCAAUAAAAUGUCUCGUGGUUUUGCAUAUUCAUAACCAGAAAAUCAUCCGCACUGUGACCCUGCUUCUUCUUUUCCCUCGUACUGAGAAUAGCUUUGUUUCUCUCGGAGGUCUUGGUUGCUGUUUCACCUCCCUCUGCUCCUCCUGGUUCCUCCCACCUCACCUCCUCCCUCUCUCGUCAGAAAACAGGCUUCUAAAAGAUGAUAAUAAAGUCAAAUGUAAGAUAAAACAAAAUUAAUACAUCAGAAUAGAACAAACUAGAAUGAAAAAAAUUUAAAAAAUAGGAAUGUCAUAUUUAAUCCAUUGACUGUCGUUCGUCGUGUAGACAUAGCUAAAGAAUAGUGUCUUGGCUGUCGAGGAGCUCACAUCUGCACAUUACAGAACCCCAUCUCCUGUGGACCUCGGUGUGCUCAGUUCCUUCUUAGAUUAACUCCUCUCAUAUUUUCAAGAUGACACCAUAGGCUGACAGUAGUACCCUAAGAAGAAAAGUUUCUCCUCCCUCUGAACUUUUUAUCAGUGAGAAAACAUCAGAAGCUUUAAGGCAAAUUCCCCUCAUAUGCCAUUGAACACUGUUGGUCGCAUCCUUUCCCUGUUGGCCCUGUUUCCCUUUUUCUCUUGGCCCAGAUCUUUCCCUGUCAAAAGAAAUGAGAUGGCCAGACCUGACUUAGAUGGACCAGUAAAAGGGCUUACUUUGAAGGUUGGAGGGACCCCAGGCUCCCCUAAGCAUUCCAUAAGCACUCUGUAUUUGAAUAAAACCACAGUUUUGAGCUGGGGAUCUAGCAUAGACAGAAGCCUGGGUUCUGUUCCCCAGUCAAAAGGAUCAGAUAAGUUCAAAGUCAUCCUUUGACUAACAAAGUCAUCCUAACAAGACUGAAGCCAGGUUGAGAUACAUGAUCAUGCAUGAUUAGAGUAGCCUGACUCAAAAAAGAAAAAGGAAAGAAAGCUUGGCUGGGCAGGAUGUAUGCUGGCAGAUUUCUGAAAUCAUAGCACUCAGGAGUCAGAAAUAGGAAGAUCAUGAAUUAAAAGAUCAACAUGGGCUACAAUAGCAAAAUUUUGUCUCUAAAAACAAAACAAGAAAUAGGAAAUGUUGGCUGGAGAGAAGGCUCAGCAGUUAAGAGCAUCAACUGCUCUUCCACAGGACCAGGUUAUGGUCCUAGUACCUAGAUGCAGGCUUACAACUGUCUGUAACUCCAGUCUCAAGGGGUCUGAUGCCCUCCUCUGGAUUCCCUGGGUACCAGGCAGGCAUGUGCUGCACAGACAGACACGUAAAUAAAACAUCCAUGAACAUAAUUUUUUUUUAAAAAGGAAUGCUAGCAUUAAAGAAAGUUGCUGUAUCAUGUAGAUGGUUUAUAGGUUUGCUUUUUGUUUUGUUUUUAUGUUUACUGAGACAGGGUUUCUCUGUGUAGCCCUGGCUGUCCUGGAACUCACCUUAUAAACCAGGCUGGACUUGGACUCAGAGAUCCACCUGCCUCUGCCUCCUGAGUGCUGGGCUACGUGCCACUACCACCCAGCUCAAUUAUUGCAUUUGUUUGUUUUUAAUAUUUACUUAUUUUUAUUUUAUGUGUAUGAGUGUUUUACCUGUGUAUGUGUAUAUGUAUGUAUGCAUGUAUGUAUGUUUGUAUGUAUACCACUUGUAUGCCUCAUGCCUGUGGAGGCCAGAGAAGUGUUUGAAUCCCAAUAAUUGCAGUUACAGAUAGUUGUGAACCAAGUGGUGCUGGGAACUGAACCUUCUGGCCCCUCUGCAAGAGCAAUAAACAUCGGUAAUCCCUGAGCUGUCUCCACCCUACCUAGGACUGUUUAUAGACCCAAACACUCAUCUUCCUAGGAGUUUAUACGCUUCUGUCAUGUAUAAUUAUAAAUUAAGAGUCAUUGGGUCUCCUGUUGGUGUGGCUGCAGUUCUUCCUCACCAACUUUCAUAUAUACGAGACUUGGUAAAAAUUCAUUUUGUAUUAUUUGCAAUAAAAAGAAACAAUCCAGCUUUUAAAAAGUUUUUACGUAUUUUUCUUACUUUAAAGCUCCUUUAUAACACCCAUAAGGAAGGGGAGGGGGGAGGGGGAUGUUUGCCCGGAAACCAAAGAAUUAUUAUUAAGUAUUAAAUAAAUUAAAAAAAAAAAGCUCCUUUAUGCUGUAGGUAAUGCUGGUUUUCACAGAUAGCUUCUACUUAAUGUGUGCACUCAACAUUAAUUAACAUACUCUUUCCUUUCCCAAGCACUAAUGGAAAUACUAGAUUAUAACCACUCUAAUACUCUAUGGACAUUCUACCAGACACUUUGCUUAAUGUGAUUUAAGGCAGUGUGUAAUCACUCCUUGCAGUCUUUGGGUCAGUCUUCAAUUCAUGAGACUCAUAUAUCCUGUCUAGUUUUAAUUAAUUUUGCAAGGAAGAUGCCAGGAGAGACAGUGUUAAAUACUUUCAUAGAAUCGGGCUAUUUCAUCCACUGGGUUCUUGUCAGCCACUAAUCUUUUGACUUUAUCAUAACAAAAUGUAAAAGGGUUUCUGGUGUGGUGUAUAGCCUUGUUCUUCAGCUCCUGUGCAUGGUUAGAGUAGCCUUGUACUCAAGACUGUGAGUAAUUACUAGUUUUGUUUGUUUGGGCUUCGGUUUUGUUGUUGUUGUUUUGUUUUUAACAUUAGGAUUUGGGGACCAGCUGUGACUGGUAUCAAGUGUUCCACAGUGUGAUAGGCAGGACAAGCGUAAUAUAUAACAAUUGAAGAACACUUAAAUGGUUAUACACUGAAAGAAGACAGGGGCAGGAGAGUCCAGUAUGUGGGGGAAAAAGUUGGGUGCGAACAACAGUUCAAGAAAAAUGAAGUGGAAGUUAAAACUGCUCACCAAAGCAAUUAAGACAACUCCGUGUGACUAAGGACCUGGGAAAGUCAUCUUUUAUUAACAUUAUGUUUUGAUGUCUUCCAGUUACUAUCAGUUGUUUUGUUUGUAUUUUGUUUGUUUUUCUUUUUGUUUUUGUUUGUUUGUUUUUGAAUAUAUUAUAACCUAUCCUUGCAGGCUGGGGAGAUAGUUCAUUUGGUAAAGUGCUUGCUUGCAAGCACAAGAAGCUGAGUUCAACCCCCAGAGCCCACACUUUUUUUUUUUUUUUUUAAAGCAAAGUGUGGUGGCAUACCCCUGUAAUCCCAGCACUGGGGAAAGGAGACAGGAGGAUGCCAUGACUAGGAUUUGCUGGCCAAUCGCUUUAGCCAAAUUGGAAAGUUCAGGUUCAGUAAGCAACGUUGCCUGAAAUAGUUGUGUCAGCUCCUGUGUAUGGUGCACUUACAUAUAUGCUGGCAAAGAGUCAUCUGUUUACUUGUUUGUCUUUAAAAAGUACUGCUGUGGGAACUGGAUGCCCAGGUUUGAUGUUCAGAGCCCUCAUAAAGGUGGAAAGAAAGAACUCUACAGAGUGUCCUCUGACCAAGACACGCCUGCGCCUACACACAUGACAUCUGCCGGACCGUGGUGGUAACAACGAUAAAUCAAAUUCUUUUUUUUUUUUUAAGUUUUUUUUUUUUUAAAGAUUUAUUUAUUUAUUAUAUAUAAGUACACUGUAGCUGUCUUCAGAUACACCAGAAGAGGGCAUCGGAUCUCUUUACAGAUGGUUGUGAGCCACCAUGUGGUUGCUGGGAAUUGAACUCAUGACCUCUGAAAGAGCAGUCGGGUGCUCUUAACUACUGAGCCAUCUCUCCAGCUCCCGAUAAAUCAAAUUCUUAAAAGUUGGGAGUCACUGGAGAAAACAGCCUGACAUUAACCUCUAGCCUCCCCAUAAACAGACAUCCAUACACAUGUGUUAGUAAAUAUACAAAGAUGGGGGUCCAGACUGAAAUAUUGUAAAUUAUGCACACGGCAUGGAAAGUCUUCCACGUCCCCAGCAAGGCUACGGGGAGACUUUUUCAGGGAAUCUGAGCAGCCCAAGGACAGUAAUGGCUGACGUUAGACGUUCUCCAGCUAAGCCCUGUAAUCACAGUCAACAGCCCAGAUCCUGUCCUGAAGAGCUGCAGGGAGCAUCCGUCUGUCUAUUUAUUUGCUUUGGAUUACCAAUAUCUGAGAACAUUCUUUAUAUGAAAACAAGAACAAAGGAACAACAGUGACCAAAGAACACCUUGGAGAAAGAGUUUGCUGUUAGGAAGGUGGCAUCAAAUGUCAUGAUACAUCUUGAUAUCGUUUAACGAUUUAGAGAGAUAGAUAGAUUCUGUGGUUGAAGUAGAAAAAUAAUGAAUCAUAACAGAAAAACAAGCAGUGUCCCAGAGAAACAUGUGCAUAUGCCAGGAAGGAAAAGAAAAUAAAGCUUAUUUGACUAUGGGGCACGGCCGUGACAGCAUUUAUGUAGUAAUGUAGACAGUCCAUCAUGUAACAGACUUUAGGGCAACAGUGGACACAACUGAUUGCAUGAGAUUAUACUGGAACUGGAAAAUUCCUGUUUCUAGUUCCCUGAAAGCCAUGGUAGUAACAUAUGUUGUUCCUGUGCUUGUGUUCGUGCUGCUGUAAGAAAGCUGUGUGUCCAUUAAUAGAAAGAGCGGAGGAGCAGCCAGCUUGCCGGCUCCUGAGUGAGUGUUUCCUCUGCAGCCUCUGGGGAGUCAGUUGCCUCUGAUCUCCACACUUAUACCAUGGCACAAAUGCACCCCCACACACAUCACACGCAUGCACACCACCACCACAAUAAUAAUAACAGUGACUAAUAUUAAAUAUAGCAGAUAUGAUUAAGUAUGGAACAUAGUACUUAAUAACUGCAAUACAUGGUUGUAUUAUUAUGUAUUUAUUAAAGUAAGUUACUGAUGGUUUAAGAGACUACUUAUAUAAGAAGUGUCUUAUAAGGUAUGCCAUGUAUGCAGUGCCUUCAUGUAGCCUGCGUUUGCUUUGUCUCUGACUAUACUGUGCUAUGCUUACUUGUAUUAUUCACAUGGCCCUAGAGCAAUAGGACGCACCUUUAGCCCUAGUAUAUAGUAUACUGGACUAUGUUUGUAUGACUAUAAUGUUUACACAAAAGCAAAAACCACCGGAGUGAAGUGUUCCUUUGAAUAUGUCACUAGCCACUAAGUGACACCAGGCUGUAGAACUCUGAGAAGGUACAGUUACUUGCAUAUAUAGUCUUGGAAUUACAAGUGGGGAAUGUGUGGAAAACAGUGAAAUCACCACUAUCUUUAUUGGAGCAAAUCAAUAUUGAAAGGAAAAAAAAACUCCAAGAAAUAAUAUAGCGUAUUAUUUAGUUAUUAAGAGACAUUGAAGGGGCUGGGGAUUUAGCUCAGUGGUAGAGCGCUUACCUAGGAAGCGCAAGGCCCUGGGUUCAGUCCCCAGCUCCGAAAAAAAAAAGAACCAAAAAAAAAAAAAAGAGAGACAUUGAGGUAAUAUAAAAUAAUGUCCAGAACAUGGUGAAAGUGGUUGCCACUAGGAAGUAGUUAAGGAAAACUGUGUUUUUUCUUUUUAAAUCACUUAGACUUAUUUGACUUUUGAAAUAUAUACACAUAUAACUUUGGGUUAAAAAUGGGUGGAAUUGCCAGGUGUAGUGGUCCCAGCACUGAGGAGACACAGGCACACAGAUCUCAGUGAGUCGAAAGGCAGCCUGGACUACAUAGCAAGUUCCAGGUCAGCCAGGGCUACAGAGUAAGACUCUGUCUCAAAAUCAGAGGAAUACAUAGGUGGAUUUGGUAAUCAGGAGGACAGAGGCUGAGUAGUCUAACAUGUAGAUAUACAGGCUAGGUGACAUUUAGUAGCAAAACAAAUGGAAAUAAAAUAAGCAGAGCACGUGAGCGAGCCAAAAGUAAAAGAAGGCCGCCUCUGUUUGUUCAUGACAAAGAAAGCUAACUACUUCGAACUAAAAUGUAGUUGUUUAUGGGGUUUGGGUUUUGUGUUAUAAAAUCUGUGACCAAAUAUCACUAUAAUCCAAAAUAAAUAAUUCACACUUUCUGGAUGAGAAACAACAAUUUCCAUCCAGUGAUGUGGAAAUGCAGCUCAAAAUUUAAGCCAUUGGCAAGGUGUUGGUAACAGAUUUGAGUAAGAAAUUUUAUUCCUUUCGGUCUUUCCUAUCUUGAUAUAAGUAUACUGUUGCCAUAUGUAGCGUUGUAACUCAUUUGAAAAAAUAAAAUUAUAUAAUUCUCAUUGAUAAAGUAUUUUAAAUAAUUUGACCUCUGGUAGCUGAUGGAUGUUGGUGGGUAGCUUUUUUUUUUUUUUUUUAUCAUGACAUUGAAUUAAGCAUUAGGUCUGGGUGAUCUCUCAGGGGAAGGGGGAAUUGAUGGAUCCUUCUCAGUCCCAGGUGGUUGGUCGUGAGAGCAGGUGUUGCUGGGACGCUGCAUGUAUUCAGCAGUCACAGUGCAAGUCUGAUGAAGGCAUGUAUUCCCAAAACCACUCAGCCUCCUGUCUCUCCUGGGGAAGGGGCCAACAUUGGCCUCUUAGGCUUUUUUGUUUUGUUUUUAAGAAAGAAAAAAACAUAAUUAUCAACCUAUAGCAUAUGUCAUUCACUCAAAUCCCUGAAGGAUAAAGGCAUAGGUGACAAAUGUUCCUGGAGAGAGGGUUGAGCUGUCACUUGUCUUUCUAAGGAUCAUCCGUGUUUGGGUACAGCACUGCCUCCCAUUUCUCUUUAUUGUGUGUCCAUCUAAAGAAGUACUUAGUGUCUCUAAUCAAAAAAAGACUUGGACAAUUUCUAGAAACCUUUUAAACUGUUAAAGAACUUUUUUAAAAAAAAUUAUUUAUUUUAUGUAUAUGAGUACACUGUAGCUGUCCUCAGACACACCAGAAGAGGACAUCAGAUCCCAUUACAGAUGGUUGUGAGCCACCAUUUGGGUGCUGGGAAUUGAACUCAGGACCUCAGGAAGAGCAAGUCUGUGCUCUUAACCACUGAGCCAUCUCUCCAGCCCCUAAAGAAGUUUCAAGCCAGGAGUGGUGGUGAAUUAUCUUAAGUCCCAGUACUUGAGAGGCUGAGGCAAAUGGGUUGCUACAAGUUUGAGGCUAGCCUAGAUUGCUUAGUAAGUGGCAGGCCAGCUAGGGUUACAAAGCAAAAUGUAUCCAAAAAGAAAACAAAUUAACUUAGUAGAUAGUAGGUAGAUAGAUAUACAGAAGUAGAUAGAUAUACAGACAGGCAAAGCAAGCUGUUUUAAAUGUCCAGAAACUAAAUAGGCUUCUGAAGGUGUUCAGUUCCUCUUCAGUAAAUGCUCUGGGGCCAGUUAUUAGGAUCAGAUUGGAGCACAGAUAAGCUGACUCUUUUUAUAUAUGAGUCUGAGUCCUAUGUUCUUUGCUUUCAUAGAUCGUCACAAUUCUCUGCAUUGCUCCAUUUCUACAAUGUUUCUGUUUCUAUCUAAUCUUGCUGUCCUCUGUGGCACAGCAGUUACUUGUUAAUGGGGGCAGCUCUUGGUUUGACUUAGCAAAAUGUCCUGAUCAAAACAAAAAUCAAUGAGUUUUUCAAACACCAUUUGGACAAUAGUCAAAUUUUCUGAAUACAAAGGACUGUAGGCUGAAUGGAACUGUGCAAUUGCUGCUAAGGCUUUGAAAGUUUUUGGUGGGAGUUUUUGUUUUGUUUUGUCUUUUGUUCUUUUGUUUUGGUUGUUGCUUUGAUCAGGUUGUGGUGGUGGUGGUGGUGGUGGUGGUGGUGGUGUCAGCAGUGGUUUUGGUUUUGAUUUUCUGUGUAUAUGGGCAUUUUUGUUUGUGUGUGGGCGUACAUACCUUCCUUGAUCAUGUGUAGGCCUUCAGAGGCCAGUUGAGGGUGUCAGAUACCUAGAACUGGAGUUAUGGAGUUGUGAGUCACAGUGUAGUUGUUAGGAAUGGAACCUAGGUCUUUUAGAAGAGCACCUAGCGCUCUCAAUCACUGAGCCAUCUCCAGCCUAGUUUAUUUUUUUAUUUUUUAUUUUUUUUAUUUUUUUUAUUUUUACACUCCAGAUUUUAUUCCCCUCCCAAUCCACCCCGCUCCAGGGUUCCACAUCCCAUACCUCCUCACUACCCCCAGGCCCCCUUUAAGAGAGGGAAAUUUGCUGUGCUUCCCAGGCCAGCCUUGAACUCCUUGGCUCAGUCGACCCCUGUUGCCCCACAGCACCUAGCUAGAAUUUAUGAAAUCUGUAUCAGCUGUGCGCCCUUAAGGUUUUUGUAGGUGGCCUCAACAAUUUUAUAAUAGCUUGAAAUCCUAAUGCACUUCUCAACUAGGACUUUCAAGAAACUAGAAAGCUUCUUGCUGCCCUCUUGGGAAAGGUGAAGUCAUACUGCCAGUGCACAGUGAGCAAUUAGAUGAUUUCCAUUUAAAUUCCAUUAGGACUUCAUCUGUUCACACUGUCAGUACUCAUGUCUUCUAAAGCAUUUCAACCCUCUUUACUGGUGGACGUUGCUUCUUAAAGGAUUUCGGAACUAAAUAAACCAGUUUACUUGAUUACCUCCUAGAACUUGUUAGGCUACUUUACCAAAUAACCUCAAAGCAAAACAGUAUAAAAGUACACUUGGAGAGGUGAGUUUUUUUGUCCUACUUUUUAAAGUUGGCUUAGAAUUUAAGUGUUCCAUUUUAUCUCUUAUUAAAAAUAAAAGAGAUUGAAAAUUACAUUUUCCUUCUCAAUUUGAUGCUUGAUCAUAAAAAUAAAUGAUUCGUGCCACAGCCUCCCUUUCUCCUCCUCCUCUCCUCAUACUGGGACCUGUCACCGUGAUUGUUCUUUGCACUCUUUCCUCUUCUGAAAGUGCACUCUUCCUGCCACAAACUAUAGGAAAGGAAAUUAGCCCUCGACCUUCGACUGUUGUUAAACUCAUAAUGGUUUAUAUAAAAUCAAAAGGGAACUUAGCAUCUUUAAAAGAUAAUUAGUUGGUCCAACUUGAACCAAUGAAAUGAGUUGCCAUGAAAACCAUAAAAAAUAUCCAAAACAAAGCACAAGAGAAUACUAGUAAAAAUUAAAUUAAUAGAGCAAUUCAGUGCUCUGGAGAAAAGAGGACACCCCACAGGGCCUGCCUUCCUGCAAGGCCUGUCUUCCCACAGGGCAUACUUUCACCCAGGGCCAGCACCACCUUCAUGUGGAGUAGGUCUCAGCCUCCCUCUGGCUCGCCUGCCCUCCUCCGCCAUGUUCUCUGCCAGCCUGAGGAGUCCCAGGCGAGCCGUAGUGAAAUCUCUGCAGUUGUAGUCGGCACUGGCCAGCCACUGUGGCAGAGGCCACAGUAAGGCACAAUGGCCUGAGAGUCCAUCUCUGAGGCUCUAGUCCCAUAAAGACCUCAAAGUCCAGUGCCAGCCAGAGCAAUGGAGGAGGCCUCAUGGAGGAAAUGAGCAAACUGCUGGUGACGAGGAAAGAAGCCACCUCCCAUCCAAGCCCCUCAACAGAAAGGAGCCUGAGACCCAAGCAUGGCUCUUAGUACUUCCCAACCCCAGCUACAAGGGUUCUGAAAGAAAAACACAUCUGCGAACCUUUAAGCCCAGGGUGAAGCACACUCUUCCUCACAUGUGUGUGUCUUUUCCUCCUAUGUGUGUAUGUGUGUUUGUAUGUGUGUGUUUGUAUGUGUGUGUUUGUAUGUAUGCAUGCUCUGCCUUUUUUGUCUUUUGAGGAAGGAGUCUUACUAUGCCCUACAUUGGAACUUAAAGUUCCCCUACCUGUGCCUGCAUAUGCCACCACACCCAGGCUUCCAUUCCUUCUUAAUAGACCCUGGUCACUGCUACUUCUUAUCCAACUGGACCCUCUCGCUCUGAGACAAGUCUCUAAAACAAAGGGUGCAGAAGCUCCACAGAAAUUGGUGAUGGAUGUGGGAGAGCCAGAUCACUGUGGACCCCAUGCUGACGACCAUUGUGUGUUGUCAGUGCUUUCCAGAUUAUCUGAAGUGAGGGGUGCUAGGUUUAUACUCAAUGAGGAAUGUUUCAAAGAACCCCAAAGUGGAAUCAGGUGACUCGGGUGGGUGUUCUGCCACUUGUCACUGUGACUAAUUAUAUAAUCUCUCUAGAGACCAAGUCUAUCCACAGUAGACUCUGAGCCACACUUUACCAGGCUUUUAGUCUCAGGGCACAUGAGUGGCAGGAGAUGUGUGAAGAAGCUCUGUCCCAGCCGAGUGGCAUAGUCUGCUGUCACUUUCAUACAUUGACAUAGGCUUACAGUCACUUUCAUACAAGGAGUUUUUUUUUUAAUAAUCUAACAACAUGAAAGAAACUGUUCUUGGUAAUGGAUUACAGUGAACUCAUAACAGGUUUUAUUUUUAGUUUCUGUGUGCCCUAAUGUGCACACAGAUCUACGUUGUUUAUAUGACGUUUUUCAACUCCUCUUAAAAUGAAGAAAGCUGAAGACACUCAUCCCAAGCCUCACAGAUUAGCACAUUCCCUUCCCUCAUACUAGAGACUCACCAUCACAAGUGGCAUGGGUUCUUGACAGAUGCCAGACCUAUUCUUAGAGUAGGGCCAAGAAAUGAGCAAAUGUGGCCCUCCCUGAGCUCCUGUUACAGGAGCCUCUUCCCUGGCUAGUUUUUCUUGUCAACUUGACAAGGGCUAAGGUCAUUGGAAGGAAGAAAAUUGGUGAUGGAUGUGGGAGAGCCAGAGUGAGUGGAGUCGCUCUGAGGCAGGCGGUCCUGGAUGUUACAGGACAGUAGGCUGAAGGGGCUGGGGAGACGGCUCAGUGGUUAAGAACACUUGCUGUUCUUCCAGAGGACCUGGGUUUAGUACCCACAUGGUAGCUCACAACCAUUUGUAACUCCAACCCCAGGAAAUCCAAUAACCUCUUCUUGCCUCUGUGGGUAUCAGGUACACAUGAGGUACACAGACAUAGGCAUCGAAAACAUCCAUGCACAUAAACAAAAUAAAAUAAAUGAAAACUUUAAAAAGGAAACAAAGUAGGCUGAACAAACCGGAAAGCACCAUCCCCCCAUGUGCUCUUCGUUGGUUUCUGCCUUGAGUUCCAGCCCUGACUUCCCUUGGUGAUGGAGUGUGGCCUAGGAGUUGUAAGCCGGAAUAAGCCCUUUCCUCUCCAAGUUGCUUUUGGUCAUGGUGUUUUAUCACUUGUCUUAGGAUUUUAAUGCUGUGAAGAGACACCAUGACCAAGUCAGCUUUUAUAAAAGAAAACAUUUAAUUUGGGGCUGGCUUACAGGCUCAGAGAUUUAGUUUAUUAUCGUCUUGGUGGAAGCAUGGCAGCUUGCAGGAAGACGUUAUGCUGAAGAAGGAGCUGAGAGCUCUGUAUCUUGAUCCCCAGGCAACAGAAGGGGACUCUGUCCCACACUGGGUGGAGAUUGAGCAUAGGAGAUCUCAAAGCCCACCCCUGCAGUGACACACUUCCUCCAACAAGGUCAUACCUCCUAAUAGUGCCACUCUCCAUGGACCAAGCAUUCGAGCACGUGAGCCUAUGGGUUCAGACCUAUUCAAACUACAUCAUUGCAAUGGAAACCUAAUUAAGUCAGACACCUAGGGCCUGGAGGUGGUGGUAGAGCCCGGAAGGCCUGCAAUAUAAUCUGUCUUACUUCUCCAAGUCACCUGAUGGUGUUCCGACACUCAGGCUUGAUCCUGCCACGGUCCAGGACUGUGGAUAUAGGGAAAGCCUGGUGUUGCCUGUAUCUUUUUUUAUCAACUAGCCCAUGUUGUGGGUUUUGUUUUGUUAUUUUUCUUUACUUAUGUUGUUGUUAACCUUUCUAGGACUAGAUGAGAAGAAGCAGCAUAGUUUUUAAAUGGGUAAAAUAUUUGACCUGAUACUUUACAAGAGAAAUAAAUAAAUGGUUAGUGAGCGUGGAGAAAUAAUCUUUUACAUCACUAGUCUUCAUAAUGGGAUACUAGUGUGUAUAGCCAGUAGAGUGGCUAAAACUAAAGAUAGGUCUUGCAGGUUUAGGUGUGGAACAUUUAAAUCUCACACAUUACCAAUGAAUGUCAUGGUCAUUUUGAGGAAGUUUGGUAGUUUGUUGUAUAAAGUUAGCAAAUUCCACAUACCUAAAGCUCCUAAUUUUUUUUGUUCAAGAUGCAUGAAAAUAUUCUACACAAAGACAGUGUGUUUCCAGGCUUUUAUUUAGUUAUAUAAUUAUAAGUUAGAAACACCUUGGAGGCUGGAGACUUGGCUCAGUGGUUAAGAGCACUGACUGCUCUUCCAGAGGUCCUGAGUUCAAUACCCAGCAACCGCAUGGUGGCUCACAGCCAUCUGUAAUGGGAUCCCAUGCCCUCUUCUGGUGUGUGUGAAGACAGCUACAGUGUACUCACAUAAAAUAAAUAAGUAAAUCUUUAAAAAAAAGAGAGAAAGAAACAUCUCAAAAGUCUUUAAGUAGGUAAAUGACUAAGCUAACAAAUUUGUGGUGUAGCCACACAACAGGAUGACACAAAGGCUUACUGGUUUGCUCCCCAUGGCUUGUUGUUAUGAACCCAGGACCGCCUGUCCAGGGUAGCACGUCCCAUAGUAAGCUGAGCCCUCCACACCAAACAAGAAAAUGUGCCACAGGCUUGCCCAUGGGUCAGCCUGGUAGAGGCAUGUUCUUUCAAAAUGACUAGCUGGAGUUGAGCACACACAGCGUGCUGAAAUAACAUCAUUUCCUGAUCUCUCCACCCGACCCCUCAAGUUGUUGGGAAAGCUAUUCCACAGUCACUAAGCUCUCUCCAGAUUCAAGGUUUACACAGAGCACCAACUCCUGAAUGUCAGUGCCCAAAGGGAAGUAAGAGCUUGUUAGACAAUUACUUUCCAAUUAAUUUUAUUUUGAGGGCAGUGGUCUAGCACCUAUAAAAGUGCUUCUUUUUACUCUCACAUAUAUUAGUUUGAAUGUAAAUAAAAUUAAUAAAAUGGAAGUUUACAUUUAAUUAAAAGUUAUAAUAAAUGCUUGUAUAAAAUCUGAUUAACAUUUCUCUUUUAUUCUGUUUUGCCAUAUUGAUUCCCCACAAGCAGCAUUUAAGAUCCUAAAUUAUUUUUUAAAAAAUCCUAAAUGAUGAUCUGUACUAUCAUCAAAGAGUAUUUUCUCUCUCCCACUGCACAGCAUGAAUUAUUAGCUAGGAACGGACCAAGCUGCGGACUUAGGUAAUGCAGACCGCUGUAUGUGCUUUAUUGUUUUUUAGCUAAGAAUACUUGUGUUCUAAUUAUUUCAAACUCAUAAUUUAUGAGUAUUAUAAAUAAAGUUAUCCAGAAACAUUGUAGUAGAGUAUUAUGGGGAAAACACAGGUUUAAGUGGCUAUUAUUUUUAGGCACAAGGAAAAUAACCUCUUAUCUGAUUGUAAUUCGGCUUUAAAUGAAAUUCAUAAAUACUGAAGAUGGAAGGUGUUAUGCCUUUAUACUAUGACAUAAUUUUUUUCUAUGCUACAUAAUUUUAUAAAGAAAAGUUUUAAAAUUAAAUCUUCCCAGGUAGUUACUUGUAUCUUUUCAAAUUUAAUUAACUCUAAAAAUCUCUUUUAAUCAAUGAAUUUAUUUUCUGGUCAGUUUGGACAAAUGGAGCAUAUAUAUGUGAAUAACAAGUAAAUUUAAAUUGGAUAAAUUGGGGAGCUGGAGAGAUGGCUCAGUGGUUAAGAGCACUUGCUGCUCUUGCAGAGGACCUGGGUUUGUUCCUAGCACCCACAUGUAGCAUCUCACAGCCAUCUGUAACUCCAGUUCCGGGGAAUCUAAUGCCCUCUUCUGGCCUCUGUGGGCAGUGCACCCAUGAAGUACACAUGUCUGGCUUAGUUUUUUUGUCAGCUUGGCACAAGCUAAAGUCAUUUAAAAAGAGGGAACCACAAUUGACAGUGCCCCCACCAGACUGGCCUGUGGCCAAAUCUGUGUUAGCAUCAUCAUCAUCAUUAUUAUUAUUAAUGAUUUAUGUGAGAGGACCCAGUGUACUAGGAGCAAUGCUAGCCCUAGGCAGGUGGUCCUGGGUAGUAUAAGAAAAUGGACUGAACAAGCCAGGAGGAGCAAGCCAAUAAACAGUAUUCCUUCAUGGCUUCUGUUUCAGUUCCUGGCUUGACUUCUCAGUGAUGGGUGUGGUGUAGAACUAUAAACUGAAGUAAACCCUUUCCUCCCCAUUGCUUUUGGUCAUAGUAUUUUAUCCCAACAAUAGAAACCCUAAGACAGCAUGUAUACACACUGACACUCAUAAACACAUAAAUAAAAUAAGUAAAUCUUUUUUUUAAUUAGACAAAUCUAUGAAGUAAAAGAAUGGUCAGAGUAACGUCAUCAUUUCUGUGUGUAGUUGUUGGCAAUGUAAGGAUGUGCUGUUGAAAUAGAAUUGGGCUAGCGAAGCUGGGCAGUGGUGCACACCUUUAAUUGCAGCAUGCUAGAGGCAGAGGCAGGCAGAGCUCUGUGAGUUUGAGGCUAGCCUGGUCUACACAAUGAGUUCCAAGACAGCCAGAAGUAAGAGAAACCCUGUCUCCCCCAACCGCCCCCACGAAAAACAAACAAACAAAAAAACUAAGACAACAACAAUGACAAAAAAUGACUAGUGAAAGUUUUCAGUUAAGCUAGUCCUUUUUGUAUCUUACUAUAGCCUCUUCUGAGAAGAUUCAAUAAAUAAAGGACUCAUUCCCUCCACCUCCUAAGAAUCUUGUAGAGACAUGUUGACCCAGUGGGCUUCUCUCGUAGCCUUGUAAUGGACAGAGUGAAAUAUCAUGUUAGUCAUGUGAUUUUUAUUUUAUUAAAAGAGAUGGGCUGGGGGCUGGGGAUUUAGCUCAGUGGUAGAGCACCUACCUAGGAAGUGCAAGGCCCUGGGUUCGGUCCCCAGCUCCGGAAAAAAAAGAACCAAAAAAAAAAAAAGAGAUGGGCUGGAAAGAAGCAAUUCUUUAUUACUAGACAUAACCUGUGUCCAAUGUGUAUUUAAAACAUAAGUAAUCUGCUUUUGAGCGUUGAUCAUUGUAGUUUGUUUCUCAUCCAAAGAUUUUAAUGAUGAAAAUAAAUAUUCAUGACAUGGCAAGUUAUUUCCUUUCUUUUUUUUUUUUUUUUUUUUUUGGUUCUUUUUUUCGGAGCUGGGGAUCGAACCCAGGGCCUUGCGCUUCCUAGGUAAGCGCUCUACCACUGAGCUAAAUCCCCAGCCCCAGUUAUUUCCUUUCUUAUAUUUUUGGUUGUGAGCCUAGCCUUUAACGGCUGAGCCAUCUCUCCAGCCCGUUAUUUCCUUUCUUACACUUUUCCUAUCUCGCCAUCUCCAAGCCUCCGCAGCAUUGAUUCCCACCUCUUUUACUGGUCUUCUCUGAGUGCUCAUCAUGGAGCUUCUAGAAUUAUCCUGUGAUAGGUAGUGAUGGGAGAAGGUUUGGUGAGGCUUUCUUAAAGUGCAUACUAACUAAAGAGAGUGUUAUAUUGAACCCCACACUCAUCCCCACGGCCCAUAAAGGUCAGCCUCCUGCUGUUGUUAGAUCUGCACACUCAUAUCACACUUUUUGCUUUGCUUAUGUUCACUGAAACCUCUAGAUAUCACACCAUUCCCUCCAUUAUGCUUUUGUAUGAAUUUCUAACAUUUUAAAUGACAAAAUUAUCACAUUGAACAAAAUAAUAUAGCUCCUUGACAAUGUCUUCUGCAGUCCAUAUACAAUUUAACUCAAAAUUAUGUUGUUUUUUUACAGUUGCUUUGUUUGAGUCAUUAUCCAGAUUAUGUUUUAUUGGUACAAGUCUAGUCCAUUUUAAUCUUCCCUAUAACUCUACACACAUGCACACAUGCACACCCACAUACACCCCACAUGCAUGCACACACAGCUGUCUCUUCAGGGUUUUUCUUGUUUCACAUCAAGGAAACAUAUGAAUGUAUUGUGAAUUUGUUCGAGUUUAAGUAAAGAUUAAUGUGUUUAUGUGCCAUCAGCCUUAUCUUUUUCAAAUUAUAGUAAUAACUGAUAUUCUUUUUAUCCUACUAACUGAGCACUUACGAACUUACCUGAAAUUCACUUCAAAAUAGACUGCAGAAAAGCACCUAGGUUGUUUUUUUCUUCUUUCUUUUUUUUUUUUUUUUUGUCAUUUUCAGAAUAAUGAAUCAAAAUGACUAAUGGAUUAUUUUUACUAUCAUAGAUGUUUGUAGUCUAUCAACUGUCAGAAGUAUUUGUUUCAAUUUUUUAUUAAAGUGUUGUUCAAAUUUGUUACUGAUUAUAAACUCAAAUAUAUGUGCUUGGUUUCUUUAAUAAUACUUACAUAGGAAAGUAAAAAGAGCCUAUAGAGAUGGUUCAGAAGUUAGGAGCACUUACUGAUCUUGUAGAGGACCUGGGUUCAGUUCCUAGCACCACAUGGUACCUCACAACUAUCUGAAACUCCAGUUCAGGUUCCAUUGUCAUCUAACAUCUGAGGGCACCAGGUAUACCCAUACAUGAUGCACAUACAUACAUGCAGAAAAAAACACAUAUACAUAUAAAAUAUCUUAAAAUAUUAAAAAAAAAAAGAAAAAGAAAAAGAAACAUACCUAUUGCCCAAGCUAACUAAAGCAAUUUCAGUAUCCAGUUUCACUUUUUAUUCACUGGCAGCUCUGCCUUCAAAAUUCCGUAGCACAGGGGUUGGGGAUUUAGCUCAGUGGUAGAGUGCUUGCCUAGCAAGCGCAAGGCCCUGAGUUCGGUUCCCAGCUCCGAAAAAAAAAAAAAAGAGAGAGAGAAAGAAAAAAGAAAAAAAAAUCCCUAGCACAAAUAGUCUUUAGCUUCUUAAAAUUAUAUACCAAGUAUCUUAUUUAUUUAUUUCACAAAUAUAUUUUAAAAUUCUUAUACAAGGUACUUUACAAAUGCUUGUUUAAUUAACUUAAGUAGAAUGACUAAAACAUUGUUCAAGGGCUCUGUUGAUACCAUAAAGUUAAUCUUAGAGGAGACAUGUAGUCUUUAUGUGUGUGAUAUGUUAUUUAUCUAUUUUCUUGGCACCAACGAUUGCCAAACAUGCGAGAUGUGGCGGGGGAGGGGGGUCUGUCUGUCUCUGUUCAUGCAUUUGAGCAUGUCGUUAAGCCUCAAAGUAAUACAAGAAGGAACAGAGCAGCCUCAGUUUACAGAUGGAAUAGGUAGCUGAGGCACAGAGAAGCUAUAUGACUUCUCUGCAAAUGCCGUUAAAGAAGUUCUAGAUUUGGAACCACGUUGUAAAUCCUGUGCAAUCAAACGUUUUCUGUUGUGUUAAAAGAAAGGGGGAAAAAAAAAAAAAAACGUCCAUCAGAUAACAGGAAACUUUUAGGAAAUAGUGUUAUAUUCUUCCCUGCUAGUAUUUCAGUAAAUGCCAUAAUAUUGUCCUCAUGUAAAAUAUAGACAUAUAUUGGACAUAUGUAAAAUUUGUAGACAUCUAUUUUCAUUGACAUCUUAAACUGGAACUACUUUCAGUUAAAACUUGAGUUAUAAAUUUAUAAACAAGGCCACUUUAACAACAUUAAAACAAAAUUACAUUUUCUGUGUAAAGAAUUCUCCAGUAGCCAUGGCAUCCUUGUGGCGUGGAGGAGGACAGCAUCUAUGUGUCUGCAAGGCAUGUACACCAUGUUACUGCAGAGAAAGGCAGUGUGCAAAUAUCUGCCCACAGUCCUGCACUCGAUGGAUCUGUGCCUCGGUGUCUGCUUGAUUUUGCAGUUUUAUCAGCAAGAUUUUUAUUUUUUUAAAGUUACAUAUUUCUGUGCUUUGCACUCAAUAUCAAAUCUGUGUUCUUAGGUUUCGGGGUUCCAUUAAAAUAAAUAAAUAAUUUCAGCGCGCCCCCCCCCCGUGCUCAUUUUGUGUAAUAUGGUAAUGAUAUCACCGUAGCAGUAAUUACGGGUCAUCUUCAUUUCUUUCAUCUCUGCCUGUUCUGAUGGCUUCAUUCCUUUGACGGAAAAGAUUUGGCUGUGGGUGCUAUGAUUAUUUUGUUAAGCAUUAUUCGAAUAGACAGGAGUGAGAGAAAUUAAUCAAUCCAAAUGCAAUUAGCAUCAUGUUUAACCCAGUGAUGGACGUCUCAAGGUGAAACAGCCAGGGGAGUUUCAGACAUUAUUAUUCAAUCUAGUGGUUCUUAUCUAAAUUAUAAUCAAGAGAGGUUUUAUUGGCUUCUCAGUGCGAGGAUGUAACUCUUUCCCUGCCCUGGGGGUCAAGAAGACUUCUUUCUCCCCAGAGUUAAGCUGCACUUAGAAGUAGUAUGGACCAAGAAGGAAAGUUGUCUGAAUGUCCAAGUCGCGUGGGAUGAUCUGUCCUGUGACCUUGGCCUGUUCUCCCUGAGAGCAGAGUACAGCAUAUGAACAAGUUACUCUGAAUGUUUUGUGUGCAGAUGAGGCAUUUUGACUAGUGUUCUGCCUUAACCUUGGACAAUCAUUAUCACUGUUCUUUUGUUUUAAGAUUUACUUAUUUAUUAUAUAUGAGUACACUGUAGCUGUCUUCAGACACCAGAAGAGGGCAUCAGAUCUCAUUACAGAUAGUUGUGAGCCACCAUGUUGUUGCUGGGAACUCAGGUCCUCUGGAAGAGCAGACAGUGCUCUUCACCAUUGAGCCGUCUCUCCAGCCCAUUAUUACUGUUCUUUAUGAGUGAGAAUAGUAACUGUUUAAAGCUCCUAGACUUUGGCUAUCAUGUUUAUGGGGAUAUAUACUAUAUAAAGUUCAGAAGCAUGAGUAUUCUGCACAAAUAUGUGAGUGUUCAGUAAGAGUUCUAGGGGGUGGGAAACGACACCCUCACACCCUCAUAGAAGCAAAGGGGGGGAUCCCGGAGGGGAAACCCGGAAAGGGGAUAACAUUUGAAAUAUAAAUAAAGAAAAUAUCCAAAAAAGGAAAAGGAAAAAAAGUUCUAACUCCAGACUGUUAGUUCAUUGUGUUGAAUUGGUGGCAGCCCUAUCAUCCCACAGGCACAUGGGAGGCAGAGGCAGGAGAACCAAGAAUUGUCAUCUUUGGCUCUUGGCUGCUACAUAGAAAGUUGGAGACCUACAUGAGAAACAGUGAGUGCUGGUGAUAUAGCCUAGCAUGCACUUAAAAUCACAGCACUCUGCGGGUGGAGACACGAAGAUCAGGGAUUCCUACACAGAGAUCUGAUGGCAGUCUGGGCUACAUGAGACCUGGUCUCAAAUACAUGCUAAGGUAGUUGGCUCUCAUUUCAGGAAUACAAUGUUUUAACGUGUUUUUGUUGUCUGGGAGGAGACUGCAUGUUUGAAAUCUAGUCUUGCUUUGCUCUUAAAAGAGUUCUGAGCAAGGAGACUUAAUGGAGAACACGGGUUCUCUACCCCUGAAGACAGCAUUUUUCAACACCUGACAAUUAAGAUUCUUCUGCAUCUGCCUUCAAUCUCCAGGCAUCAUGGUUGACACUUCUCAUAUUUUAUGUUCCUGCUUGAUGUUUCAUAUUCUGAAAAUAAAUCUGUUGGCUGGAUAUUUCUGUUCUUUUUUUCCCUCCUUCUGCUAUGAAACACUAUUAAAAUUAUUUUCCAUAUUGGAACUGUCCAAAUUUGUUUACCUGUUCAUCACAUCCUGACUUUCCUUUCUAUUGACUCUUGGAUUAAGCUUGGGCUAUUGAUCACUUGGUGUUUGUGUCUGUCCAGAGGAGCCCUGACACUGAGCUGGCUCCUAGUGAACAAUCUCAGGCUGGCAGGCUACCUUGGACCUGCUCUGCUGCAUACCGUUAGAGCAGGAAGACUUUAAUUCCCAAAAACUAAAGUCAGCGUUAUAAAUCACCAUGGCAUCCGUUUGUUUUCCUACUGCACCAAAAUAUCUGCCAACACCUGACUUAACCUCCAAGGCGGCAGGCUUUACAGAAACAGUGGCUUCAGAAGGUAUAUGAUACACAGUAGGAACUUUCCUUUCCUGAUAAGCCACGCCCUUCCUGUGUAGCACACACUGACCGUCAAUGAGUAGACUGUCUUGUCAUCGCUGUUAGAGGUCAUUCAAGAUUUCAAGCGCAAAAUGGUAAUUAGUAAGAAUAAUACUACACGGGCUGGAGAGAUGGCUCAGUGGUUAAGAGCACUGCUCCUCCAGAGGUCAUGAGUUCAAUUCCCAGCAACCACAUGGUGGCUCACAACCAUCUGUAAAGAGAUCUGAUGCCUCUUCUGGUGUGUCUGAAGACAGCUACAGUGUACUUAUAUAUAAUAAAUAAAUAAAUCUUUAAAAAAAAAAAAAAAGAGGGGUUGGGGAUUUAGCUCAGUGGUAGAGCGCUUGCCUAGCAAGCGCAAGGCCCUGAGUUCGGUCCCCAGCUCCGAAAAAAAGAAAAAAGAAAAAACAAACAAACAAACAAAAAAAGAAUAAUACUACACAUCUACAAAUCAUCUUUGCAAAGCCAAAUAAACAGCCGUUCGGCACACUGAGUUAAGCUACACUGUCAUGUUUACUUAUUAUGACAGAAGAGAUGGAAUCGAAAUAUACAGCUAAGACUAUGAAACUUUUUCAAGGAAGAGCCUUCAGCACCCUGAUUUUGCCAGGAAUAUUCUAGCCCUUCUUUGACAUUGCUGGAGUGGUAAAGUGGACCUAAAGUGAAUUGGACCCUUCUCCUCAGGGUUAUUGGAGUCGUCCAUAAGGCCAUCUGAGGUCACCAAUAGCCUCGCUUCCAGACUUGCUCGCAGCAGGGUUCAACCUUCCAGACUCUGUGUGCUGUCCCUGUUACUAUUUUACAGUUGAAACUCUUUUAAGGAUAAUAAAGAGAGACCGGGGAGGUGGCUCAGCGAUGAAGAGAACUUGCUGCUCUUGCAGAGAACAAAGGUUUGAUUGCCAACACCCACUUGGUGAUCUGUAACCAUCCCUAGCUCCAGUCCCAGGAGAGCUGAUGCCCUCUUCUGACCUCCAUGAGCAUCAGGCAUGGUGAAUGUGUAGGCAAAACACUCACAUAGAAUAAGAUGAACAAAAGCAAGUUUAAAAUGGUGGCACGCACCUUUAUAACCCAGCA